UUUGGCGCUCAUAAACCCUACCGGUUGAACUUGUUGAAGAAGGUAAACUUCUGCGGAAGGAAGAGAGAAAAUUGAGUGACAGUAUCAGAAGAUGAGGAAGAAGGUGGACGAACGAAUCAGAAACCUUAUCGACAAUGGCGUCAAAUUGAGGCACCGUUCCCUGUUCGUCAUAAUCGGAGACAAAUCGCGGGAACAGAUUGUUAACCUGCAUUACAUGCUGAGCAAGGCAGUGGUGAAGUCCAGGCCAACGGUUUUGUGGUGCUACAAGGAUAAACUAGAACUCAGCAGUCACAAGAAAAAGAGAGCCAAGCAGAUUAAGAAGUAUAUGCAGAGAGGGUUGUUGGACCCUGAGAAGGUUGAUCCGUUCCAACUUUUUGUUGAAACUGGAGGAUUAACUUAUUGUUUGUACAAGGACUCUGAGAGAAUACUCGGAAAUACUUUUGGAAUGUGCAUAUUACAGGACUUUGAGGCAUUGACACCGAAUCUCUUGGCCAGGACAAUAGAAACAGUAGAAGGUGGCGGAAUUAUCGUAUUGCUUCUGCGUUCUCUCUCAUCAUUGACCAGUCUUUACACCAUGGUUAUGGAUGUACAUGAAAGGUUCCGUACGGAGUCCCAUUCUAUGUCUACUGCGCGGUUCAAUGAGCGAUUUUUGUUGUCGAUUUCCUCAUGCAAGGCAUGUGUAGUCAUGGAUGAUGAACUGAAUAUUUUGCCAAUAUCCUCUCAUAUAAGGGCAAUUACUCCUGCACCAGCAAAAGAGGACUCCGAAGGCCUUUCAGAAGCAGAGCGAGACUUGAAGAAUUUAAAAGACGAGCUGCAUGAUGAAUUUCCUGUUGGACCUUUGGUUAAGAAGUGUUGUACAUUAGAUCAGGGAAAAGCUGUAAUUACGUUUUUUGAUUCAAUAUUGGAGAAGACCCUACGUAGCACAGUGGCUCUACUUGCUGCACGUGGACGUGGGAAGUCAGCAGCACUUGGUUUGGCAGUGGCAGGGGCCGUUGCAGCCGGGUAUUCCAACAUAUUCGUAACAGCACCAAGCCCGGAAAACUUAAGAACACUGUUUGAAUUCAUAUGCAAGGGCUUUGAUGCCCUCGAUUACAAGGAACAUAUGGAUUACGAUGUUGUUAAAAGUGUUAAUCCUGAAUUCAAGAAGUCAAUUGUCCGUAUAAAUAUCUACAAGCAACACAGACAAACAAUUCAGUACAUACAACCUCAUGAAUAUGCAAAGUUGUCCCAAGUUGAAUUACUGAUCAUAGAUGAAGCUGCUGCUAUCCCAUUGCCAGUUGUGAAGUGCUUGCUUGGUCCUUAUCUUGUCUUUCUUUCAUCUACCGUGAAUGGGUAUGAAGGAACCGGCCGAUCUUUGUCACUAAAACUGCUGAAUCAAUUACAACAACAAAGUCAAUCACAUGAUAAAAGUGCAGAGGGGUCUCUUUCUGGCCUCCUUUUCAAGAAAAUUGAGCUCAAUGAGUCUAUAAGAUAUGCCCUUGGUGACCCAAUAGAAUCCUGGCUUAAUGAAUUACUUUGCCUGGAUGUAACAAACUCCAUACCUAAAAUUAGCAGGGAACCUCCUCCUGAUGAUUGUGUUCUGUAUUACGUAAAUCGUGAUACACUUUUCUCAUAUCACAAAGAUAGCGAAGAGUUUUUGCAGAGAAUGAUGGCGUUGUAUGUUUCAUCACAUUAUAAAAACUCUCCUAAUGACUUACAGUUGAUGGCUGAUGCUCCUGCCCACCAUUUAUUUGUGCUUCUUGGCCCGGUUGAUGAGUCAAAAAAUCAGCUUCCUGAUAUUUUAUGCGUUAUUCAGGUCUGCCUUGAGGGCCAUAUAUCUCGUAGAUCUGCAAUGAAAAGCUUAAGUGAAGGUCACCAACCUCACGGGGACCAAAUCCCUUGGAAAUUCUCUGAGCAGUUCCGGGAUACCACAUUCCCUAGCCUCUCUGGAGCUCGUAUUGUAAGAAUUGCCACCCAUCCAAGUGCCAUGAAGCAUGGAUAUGGAUCUGCUGCCGUGAAUCUCUUGACAAGGUAUUACGAGGGUGAGCUGACUGGUAUUUCUGAAUUAGAUGCUGAUGAUGAUUCGGAGGAGACUCCUAAAGUUAGAGUUACAGAAGCUGCAGAGAAGGCUUCACUACUUGAAGAAAAUAUAAAACCAAGAACAAACCUUCCACCUCUGUUAGUACGUCUUGGUGAACGACAGCCUGAGAAGCUCGACUACCUUGGUGUCUCCUUCGGGCUUACUUUGGACCUUCUUAACUUUUGGAGGAAACAUAAAUUUGCUCCAUUCUACAUUGGUCAAAUUCCAAGUGUUGUUACUGGUGAACACACAUGCAUGAUCCUCAAACCACUAAAAAAUGGUGCUGUUGAAGUUGAUAAGUCGGAUGACUGGGGCUUUUUUGGUCCUUUCUACCAAGAUUUCAGACUAAGGUUUCUUAGACUGUUGAGUUCCAGCUUUCGAUCAAUGGAAUGCCGUCUUGCUAUGAGGGUCCUUGAUCCUAAAACCAACUUUACGGAUUUGGAGGCGAAUCAGAAAAAAUCUCUCCCAGAAGAAUUCUGGAAGUCACUCACUGAAGAUCUAUCUCCUUAUGACAUGGAACGUCUAAGGGCUUACACUGAUAGUCUGGUUGAUUUUCAUUUGAUUUUAGACAUUGUUCCUGUGCUUGCUCGCCUGUACUUCAGAGGAAAGCUUCCAGUCACAUUGUCUUCCGACGAGGCGGAUGUUUUACUUUGCAUUGGCUUGCAGCAGCAGAAUUUUACUCGCGUUGAGGAACAACUGAAGUCGGAAAGAACUGCAAUUUUGUCACGAUUCAUGAAGGCCAUGAAGAGGAUCCAUCAUUACCUCCAGGGUGUUGCAUCCGAUGAAAUCCAAUCAACUCUUCCCCGAUUAAAAGAGAGAGUACUGGAACCGCUAACCAUUACGGUGGAUGAUGAACUCAAUGAAGCAGCAAAGCAAGUCAAGGAUAUGAUGAAACAUGGGAAAGGGGACAAAGACAAGUCCACGAAGAAGAGAGGUAAAGAAGAUGGUAACAAGGGAUCCAAGUCCAGUAAAAAGAGAAGAUCAUAGGAGAGAUGUUUGUGUUUCUCGAAGUGCAUGAAAGAUGAGUGGGUCAAGAUGCAACUUCUGAAUGACUUCAGGUGGUAAAAAGUGAAAAAUGAUUCCAAGUUUCUAACUUGUUGUGCUCCUUUAUUAACAUGAGCAAUUUUUUGGAGAGGUCAUCCAAUUUUGUCGCUGUCAAUAGCCUAGUAUUUGUAUUUAGUAGCAAAUUUUGGCAUUGCAGGGUUUAUUUGUACUGUAUAUAAUGUGUUUUUCAGGAAAUCAUAAACUAUGAUCAUCACCAAAGUGAUUUUCGUGCAGUGUCUCGGAAAAACAUUAUCUCGUUUGUAGUACGUCUCGAAAAUAAUCACUGUUUAUGUUGAUGAGUUCAAUGAAAGCAGAGUAACCUG